UUUCCUUUUGACCAUAGUUACUAUGUUUUGACAGUGGAUGCUUCCCAUAUAUGGUUUCAAUAAUCUUGUUUUUAAAAUUUAUAACAGUCCCGUGACUUCUUCGUCUAGACACCCACGCUAUAUCUUAGUUAGCGACCAGGUCAAGGAAGCAUAAUUCUUCAGGUUUCUUCGCAGAUAUGCGUCUUUAGCCCCAUCGUGGACGGUAUAUCAACCAACGCUGAGCGACUAGGUUGAUGGAAAACUUGAAUGCUCCAGAAUCACUGUCUCCUUCAGCUGGCCCUGAUUCAAACUUUAUCAUUCAAGUGAAUCUUAAAAAGGGCAAAGUGAGUUUUGGUUUUGAUGUCAUUGGAGGUCAAGAGUAUGGCACACAGGUGACAAUAAGUAAAAUUGACAGACGGGGUCCUGCAGACUUGGAUGGUAACCUCCAGGUUGGAGAUGAGAUCCAUUACGUGAAUGGUGUGAAAGUGAUUGGUGCAAAAGGUGGCCAUGUGAUUGCGCUUGUGAAAAAUGCAGAGUUAUUUGGAGAAGUCAACCUUGGCAUCUGUAAAAACUUUGCCAGAUCAGAACAUGCAGUGUGGGUUACUACUUCAAACACCAUGCCCCAGCAGUCUGAUUUAGCAUCAAUGAAACCCCCUUAUCCCCUAAGUGAGGAUCUUAAUAAGCACCAUAGAAGUCCAGCCCAAAGGAACAGUGGAGCAGAGGAAGCAUCUGAUGGAUUUGAAGAAUUCACUGCCAGAAAACAGAACAGGAAAGGAACAAAAGGGAAGAGUGUUGUGGUUUUUAGAAGUGGAGAUGUUGCUUUAAAGGGCUCCAUGGUGCUCAUGCCAAACACUAUUGAAUUGGCUCAGAUCAAGAAAUCACAGAGAGGCCAGUUCAAAACUGGUGUGCAGAUUUCUUCAAAAAUGACGGCUCCUGAAAUAGAGACAAAAUUGAAAAUGAUUUUCCCUAUUUUAAAACAUGAAAGAUUCUACUGUGCCUCGUACAGUAAAAAGGAAGGAAGUAUGUUACUUUUCCAUGGAGUUCCUAGUGUUUGGGAUGGAAAGUCUAUCAAAAAACGAGUUCAAGGAAAUUCAGCACUGUAUAUAUUGAUAGAGGUUACGGGUACAAGUGAAAUAAAAUCACAAGUGAUGCAAUAUUCAAUGCUUGGAGCUCCUCAGAUGAACACAGCAACUGCUCCUGCUCCUGGAGAGGCAACCUUGCAAAGUCAGAAUAUGCCUGAAAUCAGACCUCAGGAUCUGGAUAUCUUGGAUACAUUUUUACAUUCUGAAAGUUGCAAAGAUGUUUUGCAAGAACUUCAAAACUGUAAUGAAAUGGAGGCAAUGGAUACGUCACAACCAAUGAAAACAGAGGAUAUGCCACUUAACACACUAGUACCUUUUGGUGAUGAGAAGAGUGGAAAAUUGGAAAAGUUUCCGUGUGAAUUGAGAUUGUACAAUCUAUUGCCAAUGGAGGUUUCAUCAUCAGCAAUUCUAGCAUGCUUGAGUGUGGAGCUGGCACAGCUUGAAUAA